AUGGGGCAUGCCUCCUGCGCGCUUGGAUGUUCUGACCAGAGAGGCUGCUCAACAUGGGGCCCAUCCAGACCGCAGAUUGUUGAAGUGGAGGUGCCAGAAAGUUCUUUGACUUCGAAGCCCCGGAAGCAAGCCGAGGCACAGUGUUUGGAGUCUUGGCACGGGGCAGCUACGGUCAGUCCAGCACCGCUGGAUGUGAAGCCCGUUUCUCACUUGGCACCGCUCCCGACACUGCAGCUGGACAUGCCAGCUGCCGUGGCCGCCGCUUUCUUGGAAAGUACUCGGGCCGAGGCAGAUGCCAAGUACCGCCGGAAGUUGGCGUGCAGGGCGGCGAGGGCGGAAGCUGCUGGUCAAGCCAAAGAGCUUCGAGGGGGCAUUGGUCUAGCAGCCUCGCGCGACGACAAGGCUGUGUCGCCAUCGCCUGCAAGCCAGCAUCGAACUUUCAACAUGGAUGGGAAGUUUGCACUGUUCAACACAUCUCUGCAAAGUCUCCAGCAUCCCAUCCUAGACCGCAUAACGGCAGUGAUAGGCCAAGCAAGAGGUGACCCCUUGCUCGUGGCGAAGGUCACACAAGCAGUGCCCAGAGCAGUUGGUGCCCAGGAAUGGCUUUGCAUGGCGCGCCGCCUAAAUGCCAGCAUUGCUCGCGACAACCAGGAGCUGCGGGAGCAUGUCGUGGAAGCCAAGCGUGUUCUUGGACGAGCCAGUAGUUUGCCGGCCGGUUGCGGCGGAAUGGCAGCAAAGGUCUUGCGUGAGGAAAGGGUGGUCCUUGCCCGCCGGAUCGCAGAGUCACCCGCCAGAGCUCGGCAAAUCUAUAGACCGCUGUCAAUGCCAAGCUUCAUUGCGGAGAUGAAGGUUGCCACAAAGCGCUGCGGCGGAGCAGAAGACAAGAAGUUUUCAAGAGAACCGCUUUUUCAGGAUCGUCUACUCUCAGGGAGGACUUCGGUGAAAGAUGCCGCAGUGUCAGCGGAUGCCCUCAACCACCGCAAGGGUUACGAGAACAAGCAGGGUGGGAGCAGUAUUGCAUACGACGAAGUCUGCGAGGUGCGAACGACCGUCCAAGAAGUGCCAGACUCUGAAGACUUACAACCUGUUCUUUCUCAUUCUCUACACGAACUUAUCUCAGACCUUUGUCAGCCGAUCAAAGUCGAUGACACGCUUCACCACGGCCAGGACCAUCCCCUCUCUGUCGAGACCAGUGAAGUCUGCAUAAGCAACAGGCACUCGAGGUCAGGAUCUGUAGCCGAGCUCGCUGUCAAUGCGUGCAUGUUCGUCGUGGCCCAUGGAGUGCAAAACUGCCUCGCAAACGGAUGCGACCUUGCGAACGGGGGCACCUGUGUUUACGACAUGAUAGACGACACAAUGCAGCUGACGGACAUCACCGACUGUAUGGAAGAAAAACGCGCAGUGGCCGAGGCUUAUGCAGCGUUGGCUCGGUCGAGCGAUAGAGCUGCUGGGGUAAACGAAGCUUUGCCAAAGGCGGCAGGGGCGGGCUCGCCUCUGGCGCAGUCAGAAAACGAGCAGUCGGUGCUGAUUGCUGAGGUCAAAGCCCUUGAAGACGACACUGCAGUGGCAAGCCUAAAGCAAAACUUGUUGGCUGCCGCAGACGUCGCAAUUGCAACUUUGGCAGAGGAGGCGUCGGAGGAACCGAAGCAGGCGGAGGAAAUGGAAGCAGCGAAGACGGCCGAAGAGGAGCGAUUGGCCAAGGAAGCGGAGGAGGAGGCAAAGAAGGCGGAAGAAGAGAGACUUGCCAACUUGGCAAUGGAG